UUGGUGAUUCGCUCGGUGGGGUGAUCCGCUCGGUGGUGGACCACGUUAUACUAUGCCUGGAAUUGAUAGUCAUCAGGCGCCAAUAAGCGAGAUCAAUCCAGGUUCCCCCCAGACGAUAAGGCAAGAAAUGUUGUCUGAGAUCAUAACUAAUGCGUUAUUGGGGUGGAUAGAGAACGGAGGGAGUGCUGUAAAGCGGGCGGCGAAUGAUACUGCAUGUCCCCUAGUGUUUAGAAACCUGACCAGACAGCAUGCUCAUUCACCGGUGCGGGGGUUAUAUGCAAGCUGCAGCCCUUAAUUAGAAUACUUAGCCGUCACAAGGCUUACAUGCUGUAGUAUGUGGCCGGACCUGAUUAGCAGCCUCUGCUUAAGAUUUUGAAAAUUGCGACAGUAAAAGAAGAUCAACGCAACCUGCUCAGCAGAAUUGGCAAUAGGCGGGUUUCAGGCAAGCCCAGA